UACUUGCAACAAACACGGUUCAUGGUUUAGUCCUAUAGAAUGGCCGUUGAAGUUAUUAACAGCAUUUCACCCGUCACAAUUUAAUGCACCCAUUAAUCUUUUCUUCAAAUAAAGGGAAUUCACUACCUGCUACCUUCAAAACUAUUCACACUUUUCUUCCCUAGCCCCAUGCUAUACCUUCCUCAUUUCUUCUUCUAUCAAUUCAUUAUUUUACCUCUUUUGCCAAUAUAAAUAAAGACAUUUUCCUAACAUGCAUAUAAACACAUCAAACCACUUCUUCUUCUUCUUCAUUUAAGCUCACAUAUUAAUUUCACUUUUUCUUGAUUUGCGUGCUACCUUCAAAAAUCAUAAUGGUGGGUAUUUUCUCGUUGGUUACCGGAAUGUCCGGACCAAGCGGAUUUGGAUCCUCUACAACUGCGGAACAGGUGACAGAAGGAAUUGAUGCCAGAAACCUCACUGCAAUUAUCACAGGAGGAGCAAGUGGUAUAGGCUUGGAGACAGCAAGAGUGUUGAGUCUUCGAAAGGCGCAUGUCAUCAUUGCAGCAAGAAACAUGGAAUCUGCAAAGGAAGCUAAACAGAUUAUCCUCCAAGACAACGAAUCUGCUCGCGUUGACAUAAUGAAGCUUGAUCUUUGUUCAGUGAAGUCUGUUAGAUUGUUUGUGGAAAAUUUCCUCGCUCUUGAUCUUCCUCUCAACAUCUUAAUAAACAAUGCUGGAGUGAUGUUCUGUCCAUUCCAACUAUCACAAGAUGGAAUUGAGAUGCAAUUUGCAACAAAUCAUCUUGGUCAUUUUCUGUUAACAAAUCUUCUACUCGACAAAAUGAAACAAACUGCAAAAACAACCGGAAUCGAGGGAAGAAUCAUAAACCUCUCAUCAAUUGCUCAUACCUAUACUUACGAAGAAGGCAUUCGAUUGGACGAUAUCAAUGAUCAAAACGGUUACUCUGACAAGAAGGCUUAUGGACAAUCCAAGUUAGCUAACAUAUUACACGCGAACGAGCUUUCUCGUCGCUUGAAGGAAGAAGGUGUCAACAUCACAGCUAACUCGGUACACCCGGGAGUAAUUAUGACUCCUCUUAUGAGGCACUCUUCUUUACUAAUGAAUUUCUUGAAGAUGUUCACUUUUUUCAUAUGGAAGAAUGUCCCACAGGGAGCUGCAACAACAUGCUAUGUUGCACUGCAUCCAGGCUUGAAAGGGGUAUCUGGGAAGUACUUCCUGGAUUGUAAUGAGUUUAAACCAAGUACAUUUGCUUCAAAUGGAAUUUUAGGAAGAAAACUUUGGGACUUUAGCAACAGGUUGAUUAAUUCAAUUUCAAAAGCUUGAUUUGUCUUUAUAGAGGCAGAGUCAUUCAUCACAUAAUCGUUGAAUCAAUUAAAGCCUAUUAUUAAGAUAUCCGCAUAUGAUUUAUAAGCUCUAUGAAGAAAAAUAUGUAUACAUAUAUGUGAUUUGUAUUACUAUUAUGUGCUCGUAAUAUAGAAGUGUUGUUCUGUGUA